GUUUGUCGUGAAGAAAAUAUUCCUCUCGUAUAUUUUUUUUUGCAUUUCAAAAAAAUAAUUCACAAUUCUUGCCGGGACAAACUGAUAUAUUUAAACAGCUGCUCAUAGUCGGCAGUCAUUAACGUGUCAUAAUUAUUCCGAAACAAUAGUGCGGGAACAAUAAAGUUGGAGCGAUAAGAAACUAGUGACACAGUUUCUGUGGAUUUUCCACGGUCAAGAUCGGCGUGUGCAGAGCGCCUUAGUGGGCCUCAGUCCCCAUCUUUUUCUUUACCUGUUUUUCGGAUGUCCCGUUAUUCAACGUCGAUCCCUUCUACCUCACGUUUUACAGUGCGUUGAACCAAAUCGUUAUCCUACGAGGUAUCACCACGUUACUUCGUGUAUUACGUUACAAGUUUAACUUCGCUGGUCACAAUCGGACAGCGAUGAAGUGACGACGUGUCAUCAAAAUCUGCUAGCGUUCAAUUUUUUUUCGCAAUAUUUGUUGAGUCUCAGUGCAAACUUUGUCCUCGAGUUGUGAAUAUAAUCUGUAUUGGAUAUAAUACAGCGUCAAGAACGCGGAGAAGGAAUUUAAUUUGAUUUUGUGCGCGAUGAUUUAAGGCGAGUUCAAUCUGGUGGUAUUUUCGUUGAGGAAAAUAUGAAAUUGGAAUGGAUUUUUUUAAAUUUUUAAGCUGAAUGCGCGAGCGGUUUUGAGUGCGUGAAUUUUUUGAAAAGGGACUGAUAAAUAUAGGUCAUUUGGAAUUGUUGAAAUGUCGGGAGGAAAUCGGGCCAAUGGGGUUGGCAGUGCAGUGACGAACGAUGAUUUUCAACCGCUGGAUCGGAAGGGAAAAUCCACGAUUUUUGCGUAUUUAUUUUGGAUGGUGGGGGGAUUUUUUGGAGCGCAUCAUCUUUAUUUGGGGAGGAUUAAUCAUGCCGUUGUUUGGGCAACCACACUGGGGGGAUACUUCGGUAUCGGGUGGUUUAGGGAUAUAUGGAGGAUACCUACUUAUGUCAAAGACGCUAACGAGGAUCCAAAUUACAUGGAGAUUUGGAAAAUAAUUGUCAGGCAAAAUAGGAAGCCACCAUUUUCCACAGUUCGGUUCAUCGGUGCCCUGGCAACUGGUCAUUUGUGGGGGGAAUUAUUCCGCUGUGCGAUCCCUGAAGAUGAGAUCUACGGGAUGAACCUGAAACCACUUCUGUACCUUGUGCCAGGAAUUGUUGCUUCAGGUGUCUGGACAGUUGGAAACAUUGGGCGAGAGCAAGGGUCGAUAAAGCUGCCCUUAAUCAUCGCUUACCUGAUGUACCCUCUGCUCUACUACAUCGGCGAUGAAUCCACUUGGCUCAACAUCGUCGCGGUCGUCGUCGCCCUGGCAUUCGACUCCUUCUCCAAGGAGUGGAGACUGAAACCUGCGAAGAAGCGUUCGGUCACUCGAUCACUUGCUACCUACACACUCGCUGUGAUCAUCUUCUGGAUGCUCCUCUCCAGCUACUUUUACUUUAAUGCCACCCUCACUGACAGUGAGGGGGAGGAAAUCAAAGUUACUGAGGCUGUUAAGCACUUCUUUACCUCCCCGAUAUGGCUCGAUCUCAAGACAACUCUGGGAACUACUUGGGAGCAAGCGAAAAAUCAGGGAUUCUGGGCGACCUGGAGGCAGCUGGUGGAUCUCUCUGAUCCUCGAGGGGAAAUUAACGCCUACAGGGUACUGGAUUUGUCUACGACAGCUUCAGAGAGUGAAAUAACAGCGAAAUGGCGAACUCUGUCCAAAGAACAUCACCCUGAUAAGGUCAAGGGGGAUGAGGAUGCCAAACGAUCUGCUCAAGACAGAUUUAUGGAGAUUCAGCAGGCGUAUGAGAUAUUAUCAAAAAAGAAAAAUCGACGACAGCGAAAAAAUCGCAGAGCUGGAUGACGAUACUAAUGAUUAUAAAUAAAAGUUCCAAAAAUAAUAAUAAAAUUAUAAAUAUUGUUA